GUGUGCACAUACAUACACAUGUGUACACUUGCUUGUCCCCUAUUAAUGGCGGCCGCCAACCUAACUUUUGAGAAAUGUAGAUGCAAAAUGUAAACAAUACGAAAUGUAAAUCGUAUUAGCGAGCGCAACAACGGGUAAUUGAGAUGUACACGUUGCUGCACGGUUUGUACAAGUAUCUGGUGCAAAAGGACGAGUAUUUCAUAUUAAUUUUGGGCCUUGAUAAUGCAGGAAAAACGACUUAUCUGGAAGCGGCGAAAACGAAAUUCACGAAGAAUUAUAAGGGAAUGAAUCCGAGCAAGAUCACGACCACCGUAGGCUUGAAUAUUGGUAAGAUCGACAUCGCCGGCGUUUCCUUCAACUUCUGGGAUCUCGGUGGCCAAGAGGAGCUACAAUCUUUAUGGGAUAAAUAUUACGCAGAAUCUCAUGCUGUGAUUUAUAUUGUCGACUCGUCCGACCGUGACAGAAUACCAGAUUCCAAAGAAGCUUUUGAUAAAGUGAUAUCGUCCGAGCAUCUAACAGGGGUACCGUUACUGGUGCUAGCAAAUAAACAGGAUGUACCUGAUUGUAUGGGUGUCAGAGAAGUAAAACCAAUAUUCAAUCAAAGCGCGCAUUUAAUUGGUCGGAGAGAUUGCAUGGUAAUGCCUGUAUCGGCACUUAAUGGGGAUGGUGUAGACGAAGGUAUACACUGGCUGGUGGAUUGUGUCAAGAGAAACAGUGAUGUACGACCGCCUCGCAAUCAAGAUGACAAUUCUUUAUCAUAGUUGUGUAUGUGUGUGUAAUACAUUCCUGUUUUAUAAUUUAUAUAUAAUACUAUUGAUGCACUGUAUAUAUUCAUGCCAUGUGUGUACAGUGUUUCUACAAGUAAAGAAUUUCUUUUAACAUGUAUUCUUUCAUCGGCCUCUAUUUAAACAAAUAUAAUUAUGUUAUGUUUGCAUAUGAGA